CCGGCGGCCCAAGUUUUAACGGCGGCUGCCCGGGGCGGAGGGAAGUGUCCGGGAGGGAGCGGGCUGGGAGCCGGCCAUGCCUGCCCCGCGCCCCGCGGCCGUGCGCGGCCGGAGCGCAGCCCCCGCCGUGCUGCCCCGUGGCGGCUGCGGGGCGCGGGGGGCCGCUGCCCGGCGCUGAGCGGCCCCGCGGGUGCCAUGUCCUCGCUGGUGAAGGAGGACCUGACCAAGAGGCUGUUCGGCCCCCGGCGGCAGAGGCUGCACGAGUUCAUCGAGGUGGAGGGCGCGGGCGCCCAGCGCUACUACCUGUGCGCCGCAGUAACUAAAAAUAAAGAAGUAGAAAUAUGUAUGGUUAAACAUUGGCGAGUGGACCGAGAGGAGAAAUACGAAAUAGUUGAAAAGUGGUUUUUGAAAGAUCUUGAGAUGAUUGAUGGAAAAGAAGCAGAUACAGAUAAUCCAUAUUUUGAUAUGCAUUUCAACAAAGUCUACAAUAUGGAAGCAUAUAGUUGUGCAUCUAAAUAUACCUUUGCUCGAACACUAAACAAACUGAAUGCGAUGUACCUUAAGAAGGACUUCAAGAUUGUGAACUUUGAUGACACCUAUCUAAAUGAUGAUUCAAUCUGGUCAUCCAGUAAUAGAGAUUUCUUAGUAGUUAUGAGGGUUUGCUUCUAUGCUUCCAACCUUCUAUGCCUCUCCCUCUGUCGUUUCUCCUAAAGAUGUAUUUUCUAACAUUAAGGUGACUGAUUGACUUUCACUGACCAGCAUUUCAUAAACCAUCUGAUCAAAAAGUUAGUAAGUGGUAUGCAGUGUCUCCUCUUUAAUUUUACAUGUAAGUAAAAAGUGGAGCAUACUUUUUACAUAAAUAGUUGAUAAUUCAUUUAUAUAUAUAUUAAGAGUUCCUCACUCUAGCAAAUACUAAUACAUACAAGAGACUGGAAACAUAGAACCAGUAAUUAUCAUGGUCAGUGGGGAUUGCUUAUGUAAGCAGAGCUCAGCAUUUGCUUAUAUGUUCAUGGAGAUAUAAAUUACUUUCAUUAUUAGCUUGAAAUACUUUUGCAGCAUUAAGAGCAUUAACAGUUUAUGUUUUGGAAGUAGGAAAAAAAAGUAUUCAGUUGAGUUCUGUAUGAGAAUGAUACACAUUUCCAUUUCCAACUGUGUUGAAACACAGAAUUCCAUUAAAGAGAUCAUAUCUACAUCCUUUCAAGAAUCCAAUUCUCAUCCUGAUGGAUAGGAGUACUGCAUUCAGGUACCAUGGGACCAACUUUUCACCUAUACAACUAUAUUGUUUUUCCCACAGAACAUUUAGUACUCCCUUUGGCCUUGACAUUAUUUGUGAUAUUGUCUUAGAAAACAAAUGUUCUUAAGCAACAUUGCUUUAUUUGUCAGACCUUUCAGAACUUCCGUAUCACUAAUGUCUCCUUUCUUGCCCUUCAUUGCUUAUGAACAGGUGUAGCUAGGGAACAGAAAUUGUCUCUAUCUCUGAACCAAAAUAUAAGAAAAUACUACGUAAACAGUAGUUGUUCACUACUACAAUUACUUUGUAGGCAAGUGAUAGAGUUUUCAAAAUUCAUAGAAUAUUGAUAAUUAUUUUCACCAGUUUCUAGCAAGGUGUAAGCAUAUUCAGUGCACUACAUAAAGGCACAUUAGUACUUAGAGCUACAUUUGCUAUGCGGUGGAGUCUACUUGAGGGGUUUGGAACAGCUCACAAAAUGUAGCAGCUGAACUUGUGAUAGCAGUAUGCUAUGGUAGAAACAGAGGAGAAAUGGCAGCUGUGUUGAACAGUAGCUGAAGAGGAACAAUGUUAAUUAGAAGCAUACUGUUCCUGCCCAAUGUCAGUCAGCCAACUUAGCUGGCUGUUCAUCCCAUGGUAAAUAAAAUAAUGCCAACCUGUUGUAGGGAGAAGAUUGCAACACCAACCCAAAAGAAUAUCCAUUCAGAGAAGCUUCUGGUCAGAAUGUCCUGCAGGAGAAAACUAAUUUUCUCCUUUGGCAGCCACGAGAGUUCAGGAAGGCAGGCUGGGGACUAGACCGGGUAUGGACCUGGAGCUGAGUGAUGUCAGCUCCCAGUAAAUCAGAGUUUGUGUCCUCUCUCAGCACCUGCCAUCUCUAAAAUGGGAUAGCUGUGCAAGGGUGCUGUGCUGUACUGUGCCUUGUACUUUGCUUUUGUCUUUCAUGUGAACUCCCAUCUUUGAAAAUAUUUGUGUAAAUACGUUGUAUUCCAAAUUGAAAUAACAUCAAGUUAAGUGAGAAUAUAUUUGAAAACCUGUAAAAUGUACAGCUUUCUACUUUAAAUGUUAUCUUAUUGCAUGUACAUAGGAAAGCCCAUAUCUUUGAUUAGUUCGUAUUAGUAAAUUUUUAUUCUAGGCAUAUAUUGCAAAUUACAUUGGUUCUAACACAGAUCUUUAAUUAUUACUGUAUAGUAAGACAGCUGUGAGGGCAGUUUAUGUGGGUAACACAAAUCAUCUGGCAUUUUUAAGGACUUAGGUCUUAAAUUUGCCACCUAAGUGCUGUUAGAGAGAAGAAUUGUAAUUUUAGUGAUUGGUUGCAGAAUGUAAUUGUUCUUUUGAGAAUGUCUUUGGGAUAAUGCUGUGCAAGUAGCUGUGUUGUGAUGUUUGAUUAUUAUCUGCAAGAACUAUUUGCCCAACAUCAAGGUUCCGCAAAACCAUCUUAUAUAGAAAGUAUAAUUCAUGCUACUGUUAUCUAUGAUACAUUGUCGUGUUUGAAUUGUGUAUUGGUUGCUGAGGUCACAAUGUUUUCCACAAUAUCUACGAGUUCUGUGCUUAACAGGCACAAGGAAAUGUUUCUGGGUGGAAAAGCUUUCAUCAUUCAUCUUGUAAUUGUAAUAAACAUAGAACUCUAAAAAUGAGCACUUCAGAGCAUUCUUUUGAAAUAAAGUACAUGCAUACUGAA